UAGCUGUCCUCUUUCCCUCGAGCCUCCCAGCGCCUCGCUGCCCCGCGCCCACCCCAGGGUCCCAGCGCCCCUCCGCCGCCGCCUCGGGACCCGGAGGAGCGGCCCGAGCCCUCGCCGCCCNGCCAGGCCCGGCUCGCCGCAGCGCGGGCGCCAGUGCGCAGCCCGGAGCCCGAGCCGGAUCGCGGGCUCGGAGCGAACCCGAUCCGACCGCCGCCCCCAGCCAGACGCCAUGCUGCCGCUCCUGCUGGGCCUGCUGGGCCUGGCCGCCUGCUGGGCCCUGGGCCCAGCUCCAGGCUCCACAGAGCUGCGCUCGGCCUUCUCCGCCGCACGCACCACGUCGCUGGAGGGCACGUCGGAGAUGCCGGUGACCUUCGACAAGGUGUACGUGAACAUCGGGGGCGACUUCGAUGCGGCCAAGGGGCAGUUCCGCUGCCGCGUGCCCGGCGCCUACUUCUUCUCCUUCACGGCCGGCAAGGCCCCGCACAAAAGCCUGUCGGUGAUGCUGGUGCGCAACCGCGACGAGGUGCAGGCGCUGGCCUUCGACGAGCAGCGGCGGCCCGGCGCUCGGCGCGCCGCCAGCCAGAGCGCCAUGCUGCAGCUCGACUACGGCGACACGGUGUGGCUGCGGCUGCAUGGCGCCCCGCAAUACGCGCUGGGCGCGCCCGGCGCCACCUUCAGCGGCUACCUGGUGUACGCCGACGCCGACGCGCCUGCGCGCGGUCUGCCCGCGCCCUCCGAGCCGCGCUCGGCGUUCUCGGCGGCGCGCACGCGCAGCCUGGUGGGUUCCGACGCGGGCCCGGGGCCGCGGCACCGGCCGCUGGCCUUCGACACCGAGCUUGUCAACAUUGGCGGUGACUUCGACGCGGCAGCCGGCGUGUUCCGCUGCCGCCUGCCCGGCGCCUACUUCUUCUCCUUCACAAUGGGCAAGCUGCCGCACAAGACGCUGUCGGUGAAGCUGAUGAAGAACCGCGACGAAGUGCAGGCCAUGAUUUACGACGACGGAGCAUCGCGCCGCCGCGAGAUGCAGAGCCAGAGUGUGAUGCUGGCACUGCGGCGCGGCGACGCCGUGUGGCUGCUCAGCCACGACCACGAUGGCUAUGGAGCCUACAGCAACCACGGCAAGUACAUCACCUUCUCCGGCUUCCUCGUGUACCCCGACCUCAUCCCCGCCAGCCCUCCGGGCCUUGGGCCCCUAGAGCUCUGAGCUUCCACCCGGAGAGGAGGCCGGGGGCGUGCAUGCCGAGCCGGGGCCCGUGGCCCGAACACCCCGCCGGCGCGAGCAUGACGGCCCGCCCAGUGCGGCUGGACGCUGCCAAUAAAGUGGGCCUGCGCCGGCGCCUAUGUUC